GGGAUAUCCCUCACUUGUCUGCUGUUUUCGUGACUGUUGGGAGCGAGUGAUAUUCAUGUUUCCAGCACCCUGGCCCCUUCCCUAUGAAGUUGCCCACUCCAAUUGACUCGGCCUCUGGAGAGUACCUCGGCGGGGCUUGUGGCUUCUGUGGGGCGGGCUGGUGGUGGUGCUGGAAGGCUGGGUUGGAGGGCUGAGCUGAUCCGUUUCUGGACACACCACCGGCACAGGAACGACAGUCCACAUCCGGCCGAAACAAGCAACAACGCCCUCAACGGCGACGGCGACAUGUGCAUUCAACACUGACCGGAUGCCAUUCUGCCAAGAAUCUUGCGCUUCACAUCACAAACCCGCUACCGCUCAUCACACCUGGCUCCAUCGCUACCUCCCAACGCCCGACGCUUCCCCCUUUCGCCGCAACCCGACUUCUUUGAUUACAGCACCGCCAAUCACACGCGCCGCCUUCUUGGAUCCUUCAUCGCGUCUGAACCAACAACGGCCGCGAGCUUCCGGCACGACCGUGACCACUGCGCGUGGCCCUCGAAAAUACCCCCGCGAUAGCUCCGCAUUGCGCCGUAUCGACUCCUAUCUCACAGCUGAAUCGAGAUCCAGCGAGACCACGAGCGCCACACCGACAUUGCAUUCCUUCUUCACCUAGUCGCUGAGGGGAGGCCCCGGAACAAUAAAGAUGAUGUCAGCCGGCGCCGAGGUUGGGGUGGCGCCCAAACGGAGGGCUGCUGCAACUUAUGGCAGGAACAAGCCUCGGAACGGCCUCUCGAGCGCGGCCGAGUCCGCGGCAAGUUCAUCUAGAGAUACAGCUGCCAGCCAACCAGAAAAUACGAAACCGAGAACCCACGACCGGAAUGCGCCCGCGCGAACCGCAUCUUCAGCUCAAUCCAAGGAGACCGAGAAGAGUCAAGAGACUGCGCGAAAGAACGCAUCGGGUGUGCAAGCGAAACUAUCGAGCUCCGGCUUUGUCGUGGGCGCCGGAAAGGAAACAGAAACCGCAAAAAUGGCACAGGACCCCAAACUGCCUAUGAAGCGGAAGUCUACGCAGCAGCCUGUGGCGCGUCUGCCCAAGAAGCAGCGCUCGUCCAGUCCCGACCCAUACGCCUUCCCGGGUGACCUCGAGGAUGAACGACCGAAGGCGACGAGGGAAAAGACCGCACCGCUCGGCACCAAGAAGCGCCCCGCCCGUCUCUCUCCUCCCGGAGUCAGCAGCAGCUCCGCCCCGACCCCGGUCAUCACGGCGGCCCCCGCCAAAACUCCGCGGAAGUCAGUGCCUGUUCGACCUCCCCGAAAACUGAAGCCUCCUCCAACCGAACCGCCCAUCGCGGUAUCUGGUGCGCCUGAGCCUGUCGCUGCCGAGGAAUCUAUGGAUAGGAUGAAAGAUGGCCCGAUGCGAAGGUCCAGCCCUGAAAAGAGGUCCCAGCCGCUUGUUGUCCAAGAGGCUAUUGCCAAGGAAGUGGUAACGCGGAGGAGGAGUCCAGAGAAGAUGCAGGUUGAGCCUCCGCCUGCAACCGAUGCUGUUCCUCCUCCGAAGGUCUCAGUGGCCAGGGUUGCUUCCACCGACAGGCCGACGGCGAUGCUUCCUACACGGCGCAAGCUUGCUCCUUCGGAUGGCGAGCAAGGCACAAAAGUCCCGCCUGUCAAGCGGAGGCCACGACUUAUAGACGCCUUGACUGCGCAGGCCGAACAGAGCCCGUCGUCAUCGUCAUCCUCCUCUGAGUCUGAGGACGAGUCUGAUGUCGAGCAGACACCGGCAUCCAGUUGUCCCCAAGGCAUCGAAACCCCAAACGACAUGGGAGGCUCUGGCUACGGCUCCACGCCGGCGAGUGAGACGCCGAGGCCACGAACAUUCGCACGCCAGGUCUCGAUGCCUCGGAAGCCAGGGCUGAAGUACACCUACAGCCAACAGCGCACAAUGCUUGCUGAUGAUUUCAUGAGCGGUCUCGACUCUGACAAGGCCGAGGAGAUGGCGCUGUCACAGCCGCUUCUGGAGGUACCCAGUCUGGCGAAAGACAGUGCCUUCGACUUUGAUGACGGGCUUGUUGAGGACGCCUCCACGUCGGGCGCCGUCAGGAGCCUACACGAGCUACGAAAGGCCGGUGCGAAUAACAGAACCACUGAUGAGAUGAACGAUAUCCUGGACAGGGUCGGCGUGCCUACAGCGAAGCCUUCUGCUGGCCGGAGGGAUGCGCUGCUCGAGAUGGCGCAAAAAUCUCAGCAAAAGACCUUCCGGCGCCAAUUCUCGGAUCAUCACAAUGCCACGCCCACCCUCCUCAAAGGCAUUGGCGGCGAGACCGACCCUAUCGCGGGCUAUCUGAUGGCCGCCGUCCUACUCAUCUUUCUGGAAUCGGCCACCUCCUCCAACCUCACACGGCAGCUCCCCUUUGAGGACCUGGCACAACUCAUCGACCUCCUCCUCUCCCUGGACACGGAUAUUGCCGUGCUUGCAAAGGAAAGAAAGAGUAACAUGUCCAAGUUUGCGCAGAGAGACCUGGCUGGCGUCAAGUCCUGCUUGCUCCAGCUGAAAAUAUGGGACGGCGCCCAACUCAUAGUGUUGCCCCCACGAACGCUGGCGCUCAAGUGCCUACAUCUGAUAAUGCAGCAAUCCAUGGUGGAGGACCUGGGUGACCUUUUCUCCACCUCGGUCACGGCCAAGGUCUUUGGCUGCUUGGAAUCUGCUGCAGAGAACCGGACUUCCCAGAGCUGGGACUUCCCCAAGCAACCAGAGUCGCUGGACUUGUUCCUGGCGCUCUCUCUGCUGCAUAAGUACUCCGUUUUUGCCAUGCAGACAAGCGCCGGGGCGGUAUGGAACAAGAAACACCUGCCGGUUGUUGCCAGGAUCCUGGAGACGUCAAUGACACACAGACCAGAGCAGCUGGGCGAGCUGGAGAUGCUAGUGCUGAAGCUCACGCUCAACACGGCAAACAACAACCAGGCGGCGCUCAGCCUGUUCUUGGAGAAGAGCAUCCUUCUUGAGCUAGCCCGUGGGGCUUGCAGUGCCUUCGAUGAGGUGAUGCAGGCUCUUGCCGCGGGCUCGUUCGUCCGGACCGUCCUUGAAGCUCUGGUUCUGAUCCUCGGCGUCAUGAUCAACCUUUCCGAGCACGGAGAGUCUGCCGGGCGGACCCUUGACGGGUCCGAGGCGCUGGACCGGUUCACUGACUUCUUUCUGCGCUAUCGCUCCAGGACAGCAGAGGCCGACUCGGAGGAGAAAACGCAUAUCAACGUGGCCUUUGGCUAUCUGUCGGUGCUUCUCGGGUACCUUUGCCACUACGACCCCAUCAGGAAGAGAUUCGAGGCGCUCAACCCUGGCAGCGGCCUGGAGCCGCUUAUGAACUCGAUCCAAGAGUUUGCCGUGCUUCACGAGAAGAACGAGGCUGCAGCUGCCGAAUCAACCGGGGCCGAGGACGGCAACGGUGGCAGCUCUCGCCGGCUGCGGGCCUUGGCCGACCGGCUGGCACGCUUGCGACGGUGACGAUAACGACUACGAUGAUCACUACAGCGAGAGAGUGAUAUUUUAUGAUUCUUUCCCCAUGGCGACGAAUCAGCUCGCAAGUUCACGGUCGAGACUGGACCGGUUGAUUUCAUUGACUGGCUGGCAGAGGCAAAAUGCUGUGUCACGAUAGACCCCCUUGGAGACAUUGCCCUUUGAACCUGCUGAUGAAGGAUCGACUCGGAUGAUUACUAUUACUGUCUAUUAUUACCACAUCUUAUCGACACAUCCUUGGCCCAUUCGCGAUGCUUUCACUCUUCAAGCCUCCUGCCUCGCCAUAUUUGGAACUUUUACUUUCCCUUCUUCGUCCACUUCUUAAACUGCUUUCUCGGGCAAGUAGGAUUCCUACCCUGUUGCAUAGACGUAUGGACAUCUUAGCAGCGGCGUUUUUCACAUAUCACAGUCUAUCUUUACAGCUACGCAAUGUACAUACGCAUAUCUUUUGGAGGGUUGAGGGGUGGUUAGGGGCGGCUCCUCGAUAGAGAGGACACCGUACUCCUCGUGGGGACCGGUUGAUGGCGUGGGCGGGGAGAUGGGUUCGAAAGGCAGGAAAAGGACGAGUAAACACGAAUGAUACACUGCUGGUGGUACGCAUCGCCGCUUCGGAACCGUCCCGUAAGCAAAGCAGAUGCAGCCUGUGGGCCGUGAGCUGUCCGAUGUCGAAUCGGCUUGCACGCAUGUCGCCUGCGCUGCAUGCGCCGUCACACACAGACGGGCCCGGCUUGGACACCAGCUUAUGUAGGCACGGUAGGUACAUGUAAGUGGUGUGCUUUGACUCUAUGGUAAUUUGUCAGGGCUUGACCAAGAUAAAAUGCAUAUGCCUCACUGGCAGGUGGAAAAUCGGUUAAAGGCUUUCUAUCUAGACGAAGGAAGAGAGUAUUAAACUGAC